AUGGCUUCACACUCCACAAAUGAACAUGUCUUCUCAAAGAAGAAGAAUACUAAUAAUAAAAGAACUUUAAACGAGUUUGAUCUACAAUGGAUAGAAAAGAUUCCAAAAUGUCCUAUAUACCAUCCAACAGUGGAGGAGUUUGAUGAUCCAUUGCUUUAUCUCCAAACCAUUGCUCCUCAUGCUUCAAAAUAUGGGAUUUGCAAGAUUGUAUCUCCUAUAAAAGCUUGUGUUCCAGCCAAUGUUGUACUCUCAAAAGAGAUGAAAGGGUUCAAGUUCGAAACCAAUGUCCAACCUCUUCGAAUUGGUUCGAGGGAUCCGAAUGACAAGUUCGCCUUCUUUAAGAGAGGAAGAAAAUAUUCUUUUAAAGAAUUUGAGAGUAUGGCUGACAAGGUGUUUGUUCGGCGAUUUCGGUCUUCUGAUUCUGUUCCUUCAGAACAAGAUUUUUGGCAUGAAAUGUUAGUUGGAAGAAAGGGUUGUUCGGUUGAGUAUGGAGUCAAUGUUGAAGGAAGUGCUUUUUCAUCUGAUCCUAAUGACAAUCUUGGAAGAAGCAAGUGGAAUUUGAAGAAUCUCUCAAGGCUUCCAAAUUCUACACUGCGUUUACUUGACCGAGUUAUUCCGGGGAUAACAGAUCCUAUGCUAUACAUUGGCAUGUUAUAUAGUAUGUUCGCAUGGCAUGUGGAAGAUCACUACUUAUACAGCAUUAACUAUCACCACUCUGGUGCACCAAAAACUUGGUAUGGAGUGCCUGCUGAUUUCGCUUCUCGAUUUGAAAACGCCGUCCUCAAUCAUGUUUACAAUGGCGAAGAAGUUGGUGUUUCGAAACUUCUUGCAGAGAAAACAACAAUGUUUCCCCCAAGUGUUCUGCUCCAAAACAAUGUACCUGUUUACAAGGCCAUACAGAAGCCAGGGGAGUUUGUCAUAACAUUUCCUAAAGCAUACCAUUCUGGUUUUAGCCAUGGUUUUAACUGUGGUGAGGCUGUGAAUUUCGCCAUUGGCGAUUGGUUUCCAUUUGGAGGAGAAGCUAGGCAAAGUUAUGCACUUCUAAGAGUUUCGCCUAUCAUUCCUUAUGAGGAACUUCUCUGUAAAGAAGCAAUGCUUUUACAUAAUUUGUCCCCGAAAAAAGAACAAGACUUGGCUUCUCACUUCUCUAUCAAGCUCUCAUUCGUUUGCCUUGUUAGAUUCCUCGAGCAAGAUUUGUGGCGUUUGAGUAGGAUUUUGCGAAGAUCUUCGAGCAGCGUUUGGUCAACUGCUCAAGACACCAAGUUAUGCAGCCGCUGCUAUCGCGAUUGCUACUUGGCAUACUUGAUGUGCAGCUCUUGCCCUUCUUAUUCCCUUUGCCUUAGUCAUGUUUGGGAUGCUGCAACUGAUUGGAUUGAUUGUCCUUGUGGGAACCAAUGUAAUGCUCUCUUUUUGAGAGAUGACAUGUCAACAUAUGAGAAUGUUGCGCGAGUAUUCGAGCAAGAGGAUCGAAUAUCGAUGGAGAUUCGAGAAGAAAUGAAGAAUCAUGAGUUUAGGGCUUCUAGUAAGGACUAUACUGAUUUCAAACUGAAAGGGAAAUCAAAACUUAGAGGGAGGACUCUGAAGAUUACUUCAAAUGAAUAA